UUCUAACCAUCUCUCUCUUAUAACUAUCAAAUCCGGUUUUCAUUUUCUUCUUCUUUUAUUUUCGCAAAAGAGGCAAGCCUCAACGAUCGGAAUCCUGUCAGAGUUUGAAUUGGAGUUCUAUCCAGCUUUGAUGGAUCUACAAUUCUCAUCAACUAUGCUUCUUUUAGUUUUCUUAGUUCCUUUUUUGUUCAUGGUUUGGAUGAACACAAAAAUGUCAACCAAGCAGAAACUGCCUCCGGGGCCAAGAAAACUACCUCUCGUAGGAAAUUUGCAUAACAUGUUAGGCUUGACGCACCAGACACUCAGAUAUUUGUCCAAUAAAUAUGGACCCCUGUUGCACUUACAACUUGGUGAAUUUUCUGUUGUCUUUGUCUCUUCACCAAGAGUUGCGAAACAGAUAAUGAACACCCACGACUUGGUUUUUGCAGAUAGACCGGAAUUUUUUGCUGGAAAAAUUACUGGAUAUGAUUCUAGUGGUAUAUCACUAUCUCCCUAUGGCGAAUACUACAAGCAAGUAAGAAUGAUUUCUACAAUGGAGAUCCUUAGUGCCAAAAAGGUUCGGUCAUUUAGAUCACUAAGGGAGGAAGAAGUGUCAAAUAUGAUUCAAGCGAUUUCAUUGAAAUCCGGGUCUCCAAUCAACUUGAGUGAGAAACUUACAUCCUUGAGCAAUGACAUAGUCUCCAGGGCAGCAUUCGGUAAUAAAUGCAAAAAUAAAGAAAUGCUCGUAUCAGCACUGCAAGAAGCCGCUAGUUUGGCAGAUCUUACCUUUGAAGAUCUAUUCCCAUCACUGAAAUUGCUUCAUUUUAUUGGUGGAAUGAAAGAGAAACUUACGAGGAUACAUAAAAAGAUCGACACGAUUCUUGAAGAAAUGAUUGAGGAACACAAAAGGGAUAGAUCAUUGAGAUAUUUAGAGGAAGAUUUUGUUGAUGUACUUCUUCGGGUUCAAGACAGUGGUGAGCUUAAGGUUCCAUUGACAACCGAUAAUAUUAAAGCAGUCAUUGCGGAUAUAUUUGCUGGAGGAACUGAAUCUACUGGCACUACAAUAGAAUGGGCCAUGUCUGAACUGCUGAAAAAUCCAUGUAUGAUGGAGAAGGUACAAACUGAGGUGAGACAAGUCUUCGACGGGAAGAAACAACAUGAUGAAACGGACAUUGCAAAAUUGGAAUACUUGAAGUUAGUAGUCAAAGAGACCAUGAGACUACACCCUCCAGCUCCACUCUUAGUUCCAAGAGAAUGUAGGGAGAGAUGUGAGAUUGAUGGAUAUGAUAUCCCGGCGAAAACCAAAGUGGUUGUGAAUGCAUGGGCUAUAGCAAGAGAUCCUGAAUAUUGGAAUGACGCUGACGAAUUUCAACCAGAGAGGUUCCGUGGCAAUUCAGUCGAUUAUAAGGGCACCAAUUUUGAAUAUAUUCCGUUUGGAGCUGGUAGGAGGAUCUGUCCAGGGAUUUCGUUCGGGGUAGCUGUUGUGGAACUUACACUUGCUCAAUUACUGUACCACUUUGACUCGAAGCUUAGUGGAGAAGGGAAACCAGAAGAUCUAGAUAUGACAGAGCUCUAUGGUAUAACAGUUAGAAGAAAAUAUGAUUUGGUAGCUAUUCCGAUCCCUUAUGUUCCUUCAUGAUUUGGCUAAAUGUUGACAAUUACAAGUAAUAAUGCUUAUUCCAUUUGUAAGACAGACCAAGUGUCUGUCUGGUUUAAAAAGCACCUUUUCUUUCUUUGUUUUUGUUAUUGUAUGCGUGGUGUGUGGUGUGUUUGGUGUAAGCACAUGAGUUGUCUAGUGUUAAGGAUAGAGAAUCAUAUGCUGAAGACUCUCAACCAAAACAGCUAGCAUACCGUGUAUGAAGGAAAUGACCGAGUAUUUUGCAUCUGCUUUUAGAUAAGUCUUACGGUUCUUUAGUUAGCAUUAAAAUAGCAUCUGUUGCUUUUGAAUAGGUUGAACAGUUGUAACAACCAUUGUAUUCUCUCGCAUAAAUAACAAGUCGACUCCACAAUUCUAUGUG